AUUUCAUGUCUGCUUUCUAGAAUGUUCGAAAAGGGGGAAAAUGGUUGGCACGUCGCAGCGAGGGGAUAGAUUUGGAAAUGCUACGAUCUAGAGUAGCGGGAUCGGCUCUGUCGCUCUAACCCGCGUUAAAACAUUGUAUAUAUCACGAAGAACCACUUAACAGGACAGUCCUCAGUCAGUCAAAGAAUCUAACGGCAUAAAACUUCAGACAUGGGACGAAAUUAUUACGCUAUUCUUGGUGUACCUCGAAAUGCCAGCGACGAUGACAUCAAAAAAGCCUACAGAAGACAAGCGCUUAUAUUUCACCCGGACAAAAAUAAAAACUCUGGAGCCGAAGAAAAGUUUAAAGAGAUAUCAGAGGCGUAUAAAGUUUUAACUGACCCGAGACAAAGAGACAUAUUCGAUAUGUAUGGCGAGGAAGGUCUCAAAGGAACUAGCGAUUCACCAUUUGGUGGACCGUGUGGUGGUUUUGGAUUUUCCUUCUCCGAAGAUCCAAUGAAAAUAUUUGCAGAAGUCUUCAGGGAUGAGGAACCGUUUAAAGAAUUUGAAGACUUCUUCAUGGAUGGACUAGGCUGUGGAUUUCAAAAAGUCUUCCAGACUGGUAACUUUAGCAGCUAUUCAACUGGACAAAAAGGGUUUGGAUUUGAAGGAAUGGACUUUGGGCCUGGCCCAGACCCAUUUAAAAAGGAAGGUCCAAUUCAGGAACCAGCUGUCGAAAAGAUCCUCCCAGUUUCACUAGAAGAACUAUACAUAGGGAGUGUUAGAAAGUUACGGAUAAACCAUCAAGUACUGAGUAUGAACAAUGAGUACAUCCGGGAGGAUAAAAUUUUACAAAUUGAAGUAAAGCCUGGCUGGAAAGCAGGAACAAAAAUAACUUUUCCCAGAGAAGGUGAUAUGAAACCAGGAGUUAUUGCAUCAGACAUUAUUUUUAUCAUUGCUGACAAGCCACACCAGUUCUUCAAAAGAGACUCUGAAAAUAAUUUAAUAUAUGUAUCGAAAUUAACUCUGAAGGAUGCGCUUGUUGGCUGCGUAAUUCAGGUCCCAACAAUAGACGGCCGUGUAUUAUCUAUCCAAGUAAAUGAAGUCAUAAGACCAGGGAUGCAGAAGAGAAUUCAAGGCGAGGGACUACCAUUAUCGAAAAAUCCAAUAGAAAGGGCAGAUCUGAUUGUUACAUUUGAAGUUGAAUUUCCUACAAAUCUUACGGGAGAGCAGAGGGAAUACUUGGCAUCAUUGCCCUUUUAGGCUAUUUAGAAAUUAUUGUUAUAUAUAUAUUAUAAGUAAUGUAGGAGAGAUAUUCAUACCUCUAAAUGUUUUUUUCACAGAGAACACUGUUUAUAGUCCAGGAGAAAAUUACUUUUAUCCAGUGUUUUGGGACCUUGCUUUUUUUGAAAUCCGCUUAGACUCCCUGUUAGACUGCUAGCCAUCCCUUCUGUGGUAAACAUUUGUGGAAGGUGAAAAAGUUUACUACUUUAGAGCAUGCACAUUUGUUUGUUGUUAAAUUAAAUUACCAGGUUGAAGAGCACAACAUCUUCAUAAACCCAUGUUUCUAUCAGAAUUGAUUUAGAGGUAUUAAUACUGAACAAGAUGGAAAUCUUCACGUAUACAUUGUUUUGUCCAUAAACUUUUAUCCAAAAUGAUUUUAUUUUAUAAUUGCGGAUCAUUAUCAUAGCCAGUUUCACAAUCUAAAAUCUUGUGGUCACUCAAGUGAAAUGUUAGUCAGUUGCUGUGGUGACUGUUUUUUAUCACAAAUACUGCCUUUUUACUCUUUGGCCCAUAGCUUUUUUUCUCUAAAAUUGAAUUAAUGAUAAUAGUAGCUUAUUGCAGUUAGGGAAAUUUGUGGUGUCUUUUUAGAGAAUAAUAUAAUAUUUUACUGCCAUCAAAUGGAUAUAAUUUACUAGGUUUACAGUUAUCAUGUGUUUGAAUAAGCAGUCACGAAGGACUAAACGAUUUGUAGAUACUAUAAAUUAUUGUAUACAUAGUAAAUAUAGUAUUUUAUUUUAGUGAUAAGUUCUAUUUUUCAAAGUGGCUGGAAUAACAAUGCUUGCUGGUAUAAUUCUUAAGGCCAAUUCUACAUUAAUUUACAAACAACACAAGUAGCUGUGCAAUUCCUGCAAUUAGGUCUGAGUUUGUCCUUUCAGGCAUACUAAGGGCUGAAAUGAUGAUUCUUUUAAUGUAACAAGAAACUUAUGCUAAGGAAUUAGCUUAAGGUUAAGCUUCUAUUUUUUUUUAAAUAGUUUAUUUUUUAUUGACCUGUAGUCCAUGGAUAAUUCGAGACUUACCCAUACGACAUUUACUCACUGUAACACUAACAACCACCUCUAAUACUGAUGCUAACCGUUGAUACUUCAAUGAUUACAAAAGAACCAAUAUGAGAUAUGCACUUCCGUGCUACAACCCUAAUUAAGACUACUGACGAUUAUUAAGGUCGCUCUAAAGAGAGUAAUGAACUUUUAUGACAAUCCAGACAAUUACCGCAAUAGUUUGAUCACCCAGGCAGGUCCAGUCAUUAUUCAUGGCCGCUUUGAUUGUAUUAUGAGGGGUUAAGGUGUCUGUUUAUCCAAACGAACAUGAAAUAACAUACAUGGCAUGUGUGAUACUCGAUGUACCGUGUACAUUCAGUUCUAUAUCACUAAAUUUGUAAUUUAAAAAAUUAUUGAAGGAUAGUCUACAAGUUUGUCAAAUAUGAGUGCAGGCACAAUAAAGAACACACUGAAGAGAAAA